UUUCCUUUAGCCUGGGCGGCCAUACAUCAGCUCGGGGCCUCCCAGCCCGGAUGGCAGGGGCUGACAGAAUGACAUGUGUCAUUUAUCAAACGAGGGGCGCCAGGCCUCAGGAAAAGAACAGACCGCCGCGUGACAAAGCCCCCCGAGAGCUCUCUUCCACUCACAACGAGGGGAGUGUGUCAUGGGAUAGACACUGACAAAUCAGCCCGGAUAGAACACACAUGGAUACACGCCGACGCCGAAGCAGAGGAAACGCACACUGAGAGCUUAUGGACCUGAAGAUGAAUUUACAAUGUGCAAGACCGAUGAAGAGGAGCAUCUACAGGAUGAUGGCCUUUCUCUGGAUGGUCAAGAUGCAGACUAUCUGUUCAAUGACGACGAGGAUGGAAGAGAUCAUUUUAGCUGCCAAAACUCUCCACUCAGCAAUGGCACCAACCCAGACCCCGGGUAUGCUUCUCCCCUCAGCACCACCAGUGAUCAGCUGGUGGACCUUAAGACCACCUCUUCCUACAGCGAUCAGGAGAGGGUAGAAGAGAGGCUAGGCGAAAGCACAGAGUCCAUCAAUGGGCUCACGCUACAGGACAGUCUGGCGAAAAUGAAAGCCGUCUAUGCAAACCUGAUCUCGGAUGCCUCCUGGUCCAGCAUUGCCCUGGACAUGCUUAAAAGUAAACAAGGGAACAACUUUGCAGCUAGUAAUGGCAGCGGGAGCAAUCACAAAGGGAGCAACGGGUUCCUGAACAUUCACAGCCCAACCAACAUCCAUGCGAAGACCAGAUGUAGCAGCAGUAACAACACCUCGGCCACUACUAGUAUUACCACCAGCAGUAGCACUGCAAGAACAGUGUCAAGCAACAGCAACAGUGGCAUCAAUGUAAGCUCUGGCAGCAUGGGAGGAUUAGCUUAUGACUGGCAUCAGGCAGCUUUGGCUAAAACCCUGCAGCAUACUCCAUACCAACUCCUUCCUGAGCCCAGCCUUUUCAGCACAGUGCAGCUUUACAGGCAAAACAAUAAGCUCUACGGCCCCGUGUUUACUGGAGCCAGUAAAUUUAGGUGUAAGGACUGUAGUGCAGCCUAUGACACUUUGGUUGGCUUAACUGUGCAUAUGAACGAAACGGGCCACUACCGUGACGACAACAAGGACACAGAGGACGAUCGAAGCAAGAAGUGGUCCAAGCCACGCAAGCGUUCUUUGCUGGAGAUGGAAGGUAAAGAAGAUGCCCAGAAAGUUCUUAAAUGCAUGUACUGUGGUCACUCUUUCGAAUCCCUGCAAGACCUUAGUGUUCACAUGAUUAAAACAAAACACUAUCAGAAAGUGCCUCUAAAAGAACCAAUGCCAGCCCUCACCUCAAAGCUGGUACCCCCAACCAAAAAAAGAGCAUUUCAAGACUUGAUGUCGCCGAGCUCACCAGAGUCUGUCUCAUCUGGCAUACUCCUGGGAGAGUCUCCCAAAGACCAAAAAGUGGCCAAUCCCUAUGUCACCCCUAACAAUCGAUACGGUUACCAAAAUGGUGCCAGUUAUACUUGGCAGUUUGAGGCACGAAAGGCACAAAUUCUUAAAUGUAUGGAGUGUGGCAGUUCUCAUGACACCUUGCAGCAACUGACCGCCCACAUGAUGGUCACAGGACACUUUCUUAAAGUCACAAAUUCAGCCUCUAAAAAGGGUAAGCAGUUAGUUUUUGAUCCUGUAAUUGAAGAGAAAAUUCAGUCUAUUCCUUUGCCACCCACCACCACUCGACUCCCAACGCCUAAUGGUAAGUCUCAGCCUGACUCCCCAAUGCCGCCUUCUAGCCCUGAGGAGAAAUAUGAAGACAAGAAAGAUGAAGAGGCAGAGGAAGAGAAAAUGGAAGCAAUGGAACCACAGAAAAAAAUAAAACAAGAGAAAGAAGACUCUGUUGAAAAAGCGGAUAAACCUGGAAAGGCCAGAUCUUACCAGUAUCUCACAGAAGAAGACUUAGAAGAGACACCUAAAGGUGGCCUGGACAUCCUAAAGUCAUUAGAGAAUACAGUUUCAAGUGCAAUCAGCAAAGCCCAAACAGGAACACCAACCUGGGGAGGUUACCCCAGCAUUCAUGCAGCCUAUCAGCUCCAUGGAUCUUUAAAGUCAACUUUGCCCUCAUGUGCACAGGUUCAACCUUUGUUCAGCAGCACCAGCUUGAAGGUAACAUCCUCUGAUUUAAGCUCUCUGAUCCAUUCCCCAAAUAGCCCCUCUCCACCUCCGAGUCAUAAGAGCAAUGUGCUGGCCAUGGAGGAGCUGGUGGAAAAAGUGACAGGAAAAAGUUCAAUAAAGAAUGAAAAAGAGGAAAAACCUGUAGAGAAUAAGGGUAGAACUGCAAAAUCUCCGUUGCCAAAUCCUAAAGACAAACUGGCUUCAUCCAAUCCAGAAAAUCUCUCAAAGGCAGUUAAAAGCGCUGCAUUGGAGGAUGUGACUGAGCCAAGAGGCAAAGACGGAGAGCAAACGGAGAGUAAAACAGAUGUACAGAUAAAGAGCGAAAUUGAUUCACCCAAAAAGGUUGUAAGCAACGGCUGCAAUAACCUGAGCAUCAUCACUGAUCACUCGCCUGAGCAACCACUCGUCAACCCUCUCAGUGCUUUGCAGUCUAUCAUGAACAACCACUUGGGGAAAGCUGCCAAAGUGGCCACCCCCUUCAUAGACCCCUUUGCAAUGUUGUAUAAGAUCAGCAACUCUGCUCAGAUUAAGCAAGCAGAGCCCGCGAGUCAGUACCACGAGGAUGAGGAUGAUCAGCCCAUGGACUUGACUAAAUCCAAAAACAACAACGGAAGUAUGCCUAAGGGCACUCCUGCUACACCAAACAACAAUGGAAACAACAGCAAACCGGUUUUCAAAAAUUUCUCUCAGUCAUCCUCUCCGCCACUGCGAGAGAAUGCUUUGAUGGAUAUUUCAGACAUGGUAAAGAAUCUGACGGGACGUUUGACACCAAAGUCUACAACCCCAUCUUCCAUAUCUGAGAAAUCAGAUAUCGAUGGCUGUACUUUUGAGGACGGCAUCGAGGAACUGUCUCCCAUCCAAAGACGUAAAGGCCGACAGUCAAACUGGAAUCCCCAGCACCUCCUGAUUCUCCAGGCCCAGUUUGUCUCCAGUCUUAGAGAGACUCCCGAAGGAAAGUUUGUAAUUAGUGACUUGGGACCCCAAGAGAGGGUACACAUCUGUAAAUUCACUGGUCUCUCCAUGACUACUAUCUCACAUUGGCUGGCCAAUGUAAAAUACCAGUUAAAGCGGACAGGAGGCACAAAAUUCCUCAAAAAUAUCGACUCCGGCCAACCUCUGUUUUUGUGCAGUGACUGUGCUUCCCAGUUCAGGACUCCCUCAUCCUACAUUCACCAUUUGGAGUCCCACCUUGGUUUUACUCUAAAGGACCUCUCAAAGCUUUCCAUAGACUUACUAGAGCAGCAGGCAGUCAGCAGAAUAGAGGACAAGGCUUUUGGUUCACCUGGACUCACAGAAGAAGACACUGGCUCAGUAUAUCAGUGCAAACUGUGCAAUCGGACAUUUGUGAGUAAACAUGCAAUCAAACUGCACCUUUGCAAAACACACGGAAAGUCGCCAGAGGACCAUCUCAUCUUUGUGAAAGAGCUGGAAAAGUUUGAUAAACAAUGAAGUCAGAUGAAGCUGAUAGCAUGACAGAUUACUGUUGCACUAUAACUCUAAGCUGCAAUCUGUCAUCACAGAUAGUGCCACAACUGUAUGGAGCAUUGUUAGGACACACGAAAACAUGGGAGCUUUAAUGACACAUAGUGUAAUUACUCAGUUAAUCAUAAAUGGCCAGAGCUUGCCCUGCUCUAAGCUACAUUGUAAAAGUUGAAUUUUUUGGUGAUAAAAUUGUACCAAGUUGGUGCAGCAGCCAUGGCACUAUAUCGUCACUGACUGAUUGUUGCUUUUCUAAUGCACUGCAUCUUAUCUGAGCCUUUAGGAAUAGUCCGUCUGUUAUUUUAAAACUGGACCAUGCUUUUAUUUUGAUCACUGUUUUUGAAUUUUUUUUUUUAAGAUAAAUAUAUUUCAACACAUCUUGCAUAUUAUUUAUAUGACAGUUUGUGCAUGUUUUUAUGUAAAACAGUGAGUAUAUUACGUCUAAUCAAAUUUCAACCAUGACGACGGAACUGAUAUCCCUGUUUAAGAAAUUUCGGAUACAGCUGUUUAUGUAAAAGUAUAUGGUGAACAAUGGAAAGAUGGUGUUCGAAAACGUUAAGAUGAUUUCAGCACUUUAAGUAAGUGUAAACUGAUGAAGAAAUGUAGGAGUGAAAAGGACACACGUGGCCCUUUUGAGUUUUAAUUCCCUUAAUUGACAUUUCGGGGGCUAACUAUAAUAAUGUUUUCUAUUUGCCAUUAAUUCACAGAAAUUGUUACAAAAUGUUUAGUAUCUUUGUUUCUAUAGUAAAAUUAUAAUUUCCUGGCUGUUUCAACAUGUACAGUAUUUGCGUUAGUAGGCUACCAAUUUUAUUAUUGUGAAGCUACAGUUGUAAAGUUAAUGAAGUUUAAAACUUAUUGUAUGAAUAAUCAGCAAGUAUGUAUACAUGUAUGUCGGCAUAUCUUGCUCUUUACAGUUCAACAUUAUUUGUACUGUGUGCAUUUUUACAAUGUUAUUUUCUAGACAAAUGUUGGGGGGAAAUGUAUAAAGCUACAGAAUAUUGUUGGACCACUAUGUCCUUUUUCAGUGAAAAAUAGGUCCCUCAAUGUGGUUUACAUAAAUUGAGACAUCUUACAUACAUCUGUUCUGAUGCUUGGGACUGUACAUAACAUUGAAAAAAUACAUUCUCCACUGACAAAUUUCCAGGUUUUGUCAUCAACCCAGUUAUUCAGAAUGACAUUCUUUUAUCCUCAGUUGUAAAAUAAACUCCAUGUCCUGGAUUAAACUG